ACGGCCCACACACACACCGGUGGCGGCAGUGCGCGCUCCUUCGUGUACAUUUUUAGACGUAUAUUAGAUAUAGAACUGUAAGAAAAUCGUACAAUUCGUAAUAUUGUAUAUAUUUUAUUGUUAUACGAUUUACGAAUUUUUUAUUGUAAUAUCGUAAUAUUGUAACGGUGUUCGUCGUACCGACGUAGUGCAGUGUCAGCGACGGCGGCGUGACAAGUUUACUUACUCACAAUAGGUAUAUGAUAACAGACGACGUCGGAAGUUUUUUCACUCGGAUAAUAAUAUACGUUAUAUAGACACGCGUACUGGGUUUUUCCGGUUCUUUUAUCUUAAAUCUUAUAUUCCAUCUUAAUUUUAUGGAAAUAAUGUUUCAAAAAAGCUUUUGAAGGCAGGGUCGGAAAGACGCGGCGCACUCUCAGCUGCAGCGAUCGUCCGACGUCGCAGAUUUUCUUGGUAUUAAACCUCACGCUUCAUAAUACAUAUCGUAUAGGUAUUAUAUUUUAUACUGUCCGUUUGCGUCGAAUACACGUACAGCCCGUGCGCAGAUAUGAUCCAGGAAAACCGUUUCGAGUUGUGUGGUUUUCCGACUACGUACAUCAAGAACGUGAAGGAGAAAACUUCAGACAAGUCAAGACAUUUAGCGGAAGAUGCUUUAUGCGAGAACAAAAGUUUACACUUUCGUGAAAAGUACGAAUUCGUCCAAUACGUCAAGGUAUGCACAAACUUACACCUGAGUUUCGGUACCGUGUGUUCAAAGUGUUCGAAAGGCAUUUCCGCUUCGCAUUGGGUGAGAAAGGCCAGGGAUCACGUUUACCAUUUGGCGUGUUUCCGGUGCGACGCCUGCGAUCGACAAUUAAACACGGGUGAAGAGUUUGCWCUGCACGAAGGUCGUGUUCUAUGCAAACCUCAUUAUUURGACAUCGUGGACGGCGGUACUACAAGCUCAUCAGAGGGUGGAGAUUCGGAAAGUUAUCACAGCAAGAAUAAAGCAAAACGAGUUCGGACCACAUUUACUGAAGAACAAUUGCAAGUKCUGCAAGCUAAUUUCCAAUUGGAUUCUAACCCCGACGGGCAAGACUUGGAAAGGAUAGCACAAAUUACUGGACUGAGCAAAAGAGUUACUCAAGUGUGGUUUCAGAAUUCUAGGGCGAGGCAAAAAAAGCAUUUGCACACUGGAAAAGUGAAAAACACUCCAUCCGGAUUACUUCACCAUCAACAAAACGGUUCCGAAAAUCAUUUCAACCGGCACAUAAAUCUACACCUCACGUAUUCGUUUCAACAGCCUCCUUCGUCAAAUCAUUCACACCAGAGGGGAUCUCCUAUUUAUAUACCUCAAAAUCCAGCCUCAGAAACCUCGUCCCUGGACGACCUAUCUCAGGAUUCCAUAAUGAUGUGUUCGGUGGGCAGGAAUAGCGAUCCGGUAUGAGACGAAGACCGUGGUGGGGCCAACAACCGUCCACCACGUUGAAGACGUCCGAAACAAWAAUUAUUACUAUGAGAAAUAAUAAUAAUUUAAAAGGAUAAAAUAUUUUAAAUUAUUUUUACUGUGAUAUAAUCAUGUUUAAUUAAUUAAUGUUUAAUUUCUUGAUGGAAGCCUAUGGCGUUUUAAUCCAUUAUUCGUAUUUUAUUAUGUUAGAAUCUUUAGACGGAAAAUUUACUCUGCUUGUCACAUGUACAAACAUUUAAUUAUCAUAUUAUAUUAUUAUACAGCACGAUUUAGUGUUCCGCGUCUAUCGGCCCACAACUUAUAUGUUAAUAGUUCACAUAGUUACCAUUAUAGUUAAGCUCGUCAAUUAAGGCAACUACGCGAUUUUGGCGCCUUCUCGCACUGUACUACACAUCCAUAUUCGUAUCUCUUCACCGUUUCGUAUGUUUUUCAAAUAUUUUUCAAGCUCCAUUAAAACUUUAAUGCUAUUUUAAAAAAUACAUUUUUUCCGUUGUAGAGCGUAUUAUAUAAACGGAUAUUAUAGUGUUAAACAAAAGCUAUAUUAAUACCGAUUUUUAUACACAAGUGUUACGCGUUAUCGUUACAAAGAUACUAUAGGUGUUUAUUACUUUUGAUGGCUAUUUAUUUAUGUUAUAAAUAAAUUCAGGUAUAUGUAUAUGAGAACAUAACAUGAUUCCGUGUUUGAGCAAAUCCUUCUUCAAAUAAAAAAAUUGCUUCUUCUUCCGUCCGUCACAGUUUUGAUGCGUUCCUAUACCUAUUAUAAGCAAAUUUUACUUUUUCCAAAACCACCGAAAAUAUUUUAUUGUUAUCUUAAUGAAAUCAAAUAAUUUUAUUAAUUUUAAGUAUCUUUUUAUUAUAUCAGGAAAAUAGUAUCUCACGUAUUAUUAUAAUAGUUAAUUAUUUUUAKUUUUUGCUUUAUUGCAUACACCACACAAUUUUAUGAUAAUAAUAACAUGGGAACCUAMCUUAUAAUGUAAUUCUUUUUGAUAGACAAUAGUGUUUAUAGUAUAUUAUAUUAAAUGUAUCUAAUUUGAUUAGAUCGUGUAGAUAUAAUCAGAUGCUUGAAACUUGUUAUUAUUACAUUAAUUUUAUUAUUAUUGUCAUCAUUAUCAUUGUGAAAAUUUGAUUUUGUAUGGAAUGUAAAUUUGUAAUUUAUAUAUUAUAUUGUAAAUACGAAUCCAGGACCGACCCAAAAUAUUCUGCCACCCUAGGCAAGUAUAUUUGAUGUGCAACCGUCCCCCGUUUCCAUCAUAAUAUACUACUAUACUUACCAAUUUUGUUUGCAAAAACUUUGUUUGUACAUAUAUUUAUAUUGAUAUGUAUCUGUGUGUAAGUAAGAAUUAUU